AUGAUGUACGUUCUACCCCGCCGUGAGCCAAUGCUCAUCAACACCAUCAAGAUUAGCCGCAAGCGAUCGCGAAACCAAUCCAUCGAAGCGGAGGCUACCGCUGCGUCCAAGAAACGGCGUGUGGCCGUCAAAACCGUCAGGUUUGCCAACACUGACACGGUAGAGAUCAUUUCAUCGGAUGACACCAGUAGUCCUUCUAACAACUGGAUUACAAAGAAGGACAUCGUCCGAUUCCAUGUGGACGUCAAGCAAGAUGUCGUGUAUUUGGCCGGGCUUAUGAAACAAAAGAGAAUGCAUGACUUUGACCAAACUAAGCAUUGCUCGGUGGGGGUCGAAAAGUACUGCCGCACCGCCGCUACACGAAGCCAACGACAGGCGUCGAACAUGCAACACUUCCGAUCAGUUCUCAACCUCCAAGAAGCGCAGCGAAAACUGGGUAUCUCAAACCCUGAAGCAAUUCGUCAAAUUGCAGAAGAGACUUCCCAGGAAUCUAGACAGCGAGCGAUUUCGCUUGCUGCUGGUCUCUGGAAGAGACCAUAA